AUGUUCUGUUUUGAAGAAAAAAAGCAAUUGUUCUGUCAGUAUAUCGUGAAUAAAAUUUGGAAAAAACCAACAGUUGCUUAUACAAGUAACAACGUUUAUCAAAAACAUCGCAAAUGUCGAAAAUCUGCUUCUCGUGCUCGAUCAGUCUUAUCGGAAUUUAGUAAGACAUGUGCAAAAUGUAAUCAAAAGAUUCGCAUUGGACAACAGAGUUCCACAUGGGCUAAUAAGUCUUGGCAUAACAGUUGCUUCAGUUGCACUGAUUGUGACGUCUCAUUAAUGGGAUUCUCAUCAAUACUAAACAGGAACAAGCAACCGUAUUGUGCAAAUUGUUAUAAUCUUAGAUUUUCACCCAGGUGUGAGAAAUGUGGUAGAAUUAUUGAAUCAGGAACAUCUUGGAUAGAUGUCAAAGGAAACAAACUCCAUCCCCAUUGUUUCACUUGUACUCAAUGUCGUGUGUCUCUGAAUAAUCAAUUGUAUUACGAACACAAUCAAAGUCCUUAUUGUGCUACUUGUGAUGCUGAAUAUUUUUGUCACAAAUGCGCCAAAUGUGGACAAACCAUUAGCCGAGGUUCGAUCUAUUCGAAACACAAUGGUCUCACGAUUCAUAAUACUUGCUUCACUUGCCAUCACUGUGGACAAAUGAUAAAAGGAUCAUACAGGGAAAGAAACAGCCAGUACUAUCAUCCGAGUUGUCUUGAUGGCGUUCCUCUACUCGAAAGACGACGUUCAUUCGUUGAAUCCAAUUACAACGACCCAACCGAGCAGGAUCAAACAAAGUACGGUUCCUUUGCAACUAAAAGUACUCAACGGAGAACCUUUCAAGAAUUCAGCACCAUCACUGCGCUCAAUUUGACAGCUCCGCGAGCAAAAACGAGUCGUACGCGUCGUUCAUUCAAUGAUACACCCAAUACACCCCUUAAAUCAACACAAACUGAUCUCACACACUCGAUUAGACCAGAAAAACAAAUUCAAAGCCAACAGCUAUCUCUCCCAGCUGCAUUUCCUUUACCUGUGAGACAAGACAUAUCCUUGAAUCCAACGAACCAUUCUGAUAUAAUACCACCGAGAAUAGCUGUGCGUAAAACGAAAACAUGCCAAGUGUGCUCUGAAACUAAGCCGAUAUCAUCGUACAGCAAUCGAAUCAGUAGACAAUGUAAACAUUCUGAAUGUAAAAUCUGUAACGAAUGUAUCUACCAACACGUUGCCCAUGCAUCUCAGACAAUGUGUAGAGCUGAUGUGCGCUGUCCUGAACUGGAUUGUCCGAUUAUUUUAGAUUAUGAAGCGCUCAAAAAGAUACUACAGCGCGCGCAAGAUUUCAUCCUCCUAGAGCGGUAUGAUCGGUUCUAUGUAGAACAUCAAUUAGAGAAGAAUCCUGAGUUCAUUUGGUGUACACAUGGAUGUGGCUCGGGUCAACUUGCUGAAAAUGGCGACCAGAAUAACAUCAUUACGUGUAUCAAAUGUGGGAAGAAAUCCUGUUUUAUUCACCGAGUUAAGUGGCAUGAAGGUGUCACGUGUGCGGAUUAUGAUAGACAGAUCGAUGGCAAUAGACAAGCUACUCAUCGAUGGCUGUCACUGAAUACCAAGCAAUGUCCUAGCUGUCAAUCGGCAAUCGAAAAAAGAUCUGGCUGUGAUCAUAUGACAUGUGCGCGAUGUCAUUUUGAAUUUUGUUGGGGAUGUCUAGCCAACUAUGCCAAUAUCCGAAAUGACGGCAAUCAUCGACAUCAUCCACACUGCAGGCACUAUCGUGCAUUACCCAAUAAUCAGAAUUAA